UUUUUUAUUUUGGACCACGUUUAGAAAAUUAUUUAAAUUACUAUUUUCUUAUAAACAUUUGAAUUAAUCAAAUUAUUCUAAGACAAACAAAUUAAAUAGAUAUUUCUGUAUUUUCUCUAAAAUUGUAUCUGAAUAAAAUAUUUUCAUAUCUUUUUAUUUAAAAUAUAAAUAUAUUUUUUAUUUUUAUUUAAAUAAAUAUUUUAAAUAUAUUUUUCAUUAUCCAGAGUAAUUGUGGGUUGACUUGAGACAUUUGUUUGUAGUGGUUGAUUGUUUAAACAAUUUGUAAACAAAUGAGAUUAAUUCUUUUUCUUGAAUAGUAUCAAAGAUUUUUUUUUUUUUUGUAAAUUAUUGUGGUGGAUGUUACAUUCCAAACAUUUAAAAUAUCUAACUCGAUUGUGUGACGACUAUUACAUAUUGCUCGUACUUAUAGUUAACAUAUGUGAUCAGAAUACUAAAACUACAUGCGAUUUUCGAUAUCCUUAUAGCGAUUUCAAAAUUUCAUUAAGAUGAACUUAAACACAAUACUAAUCCAGACAUAAAACAAUAUUAUAUCUUCCAGUUAAAAAUACUAUUUUUUCACACUGAAAAUUUUCCCUUUUAACCUUGAAAAAAUACAUUUGAAAUACAAAUCUGACAGUACAAAGAGAUGGCUCCAAUAAUAUUUCCGGCGAAAAUAAAAGUUUUAUGAAAGAUAAAGUUUUCCCAAAAACAAAAGUUUUAAGUUUUAACAAAGAGAAACACAACACCUAAACAUAAACAAGUGGAAGUUAGAACCUAAACUAAGGCCUAUAAACGCGAUUCGACAGAGAAAAAGGUCAUACUGAGCUUCAAAGUAAGCAAACACCAUUUUACCAAAAAGAAAAAGUAAACAAACACCUUGUGAACUCAUUUGAUAGAAAGUCACCAAAAAUUUGAUGAUGACGGACUCUUUCUAUAGUGAAUAAUACAAGCAAAAUGCAGAGGUCAGAACUUCAAUAACCGGCAAGAAAGACCAAAAAAGCGAUGUUGAUCUAGAAACGACAAUACUUUAAAAAAUGAUAUAUAAACUCCUUCUGGAUUUAAAUAUAAAAUGUUUAAGGUUUUACACAUAUAUUAAAAAUAAUAAAUACAUUAUUUUAAUUGUUACUUUUUGAUUAUAUCAAUAAAGUUUCAUCACUUAUAAUUUUACUUUUUAAUUUAUAUUUAAAAUUUUAAAAUAAAUGCAUUAAUUAUAUCUCAAAACAUCUUAUAUUGUAUCCGGAGGGAGUAGUAUUUUUGUCGGAAUGGAGAGAAGUAGCUUGUCUUUGAGGAUGAGAAUCAAACACGUAAACUGUGGGGCCAAGCUUAACAUUUCUACCAUUUAUAAUACAACUCUAGCAUAUUUUAUAAAUUAGUACAUAACACAGUUUCCAUGAUUGGCAAUUUAUUAAAAUCUGAUAUCGUAAUGUUCUGAAGAAAAUUACACUUUAAUACAUUUAUUUAUAGUUAUCUGGUAUUUAGAAUCUUACAAGAUAUGAUCCAAAUGAAUUUUCUAAUAUACAAUAUUACACAAAAAUUAUUGAGCGUAUAUUAUAAUUUAAGAAAACCCAACUCGAUGGUCUUUGUCAAUAUCUCCCCCAUGCAACAAAAUACACACAUCCCUCGUGCUUCUUGUUUUGUAUUUUUGUUCCUCUUAAGUGAAUUUCAACCACUAGCAUAAUCUUUUAAUUUAAUAUAUUUUAGUUUUCUUAAACGAAAACCUAAAAACUAAAUCCAAGUUAAUCUAGAUUCGCUUUUCAACUCAAUCCCCUAACAUGUGUGUCCGAAAUCUUGUCAGCCUAACAUGUAUAUAGAGUUCGAAAGAUGCGUAAAAGUAUAUCGUGGUUAUCAGGCAGGUCCAGUCGUUAAUUAUGGUUAUAUAUAGUUAAACUGCGUUUGGAGUAUAGCCGUCCAUUAUGUUGUGUCGGCUGGGUCAAUAUUAUACGUCAAAGAUGUCUGUCUGCUGAGUUACGAUACAUGCAUCCAUUUUAGAUAAUUACGCAGGAGACUAGUAGUCGACAUGGAUGGAUAUAUCGUCACUCUUUGUAAAAUGUAAAAUGUAAAGUGUAAUUUUCUAAAAAAAAUCUAAUGAUUUUAUUUUUCAGGAUAAACGUUAGUAAUAAUGUUUUUUUGUAAAAAUGAUCUUAUUAUAAGUCACUUUUAGUCAUUUUCAAAUUAAUUCCGUAGUUAUUAUAAUAAUAUAUCAUUUAUUUAGCGGUCACGGUAUUACACUAUCGUUAUAGUAUUUAAUAUAAUUGACAGACAUUUAUCCAAGAACAGUAUUUUUCUAUUCAGUUCACAUACAAACAACUGGCCAGUGUCUCAAAGUGGAACCCAGUCACAGUGAUCAUUAACACUUAAGCUUCAUAGAAACCAGCUUUCAACACUUUGUCAUGUUUCCUUAUUUAUACUCUAAUCUAAUUCACACACCAGCAAAGAGAAAAGAAGAAGAUAAUCAAAGCAACCCUAUUAAAAAAAAUGGUGACCUUAAUAUCAUCAUCUGCUUCAACACCAAAGAUAUCUUUUGAUUUCACCAAGGACAACAACUAUCCCAGCCUCAAUGUCCCUGUCUCUUCUUCUCCUUCUUCUUCUUGCUUGAGAAGCAAGGAAGAAGCUGUUGUCACAACCAAGACGCUCAUGGAACCGUGCAAACCCCUAAUCAUUAACAACAAUCCUGAAGAUGAUCACGAGCUUGGAGAUGAGAAGAAGGUGGUUAAGAAAGCUCCUGAAGAACCAGAGAUUGGUGUGUUUGGAGCUGAGAAGUACUUCAGUGGAGACAUGGACUCAGACCAGAGUUCUAGUGUUCUGUCUCUGACAAAACCCGAAGUUGAGCGGUUUGUCGUUGAAAUGAAGCAGACAGAGAAGAAAUCUACUGGAACGGCGAGUGUCUGUACUGAAUCAAGCUGGAAUAGUCAGAGCUUGUUGCUUAAGAACAAACUGGUGAAUAGCUGCAACGGUUCCUUGCAAGACAAGAAGACUAAUAGUGGUCAGAUUCAAAAGGUGAACAACAAUAAGAAGAGCUUUCUCUCAAACCUUAGGUGUAAAUGCUGUUCUGAUGUGGAUGAUAAGAUCUCGGUUAAGAGAAGCUCUGAUCAAGAUAUCUCUGCUUCCACUAGGAGCAAGAUCGAGAAUCAGUUGAGUUCUUCAGUGAAUCUGAGCACAGAACCGAUCAAGAUUCAGAAGCAAGAAGAGUUGGUACAUAGGAAGUCUCCUGAAGUGUUUGGAUCUCCUGUAAAUAUCGAGAAGAAACACACAAUUCCUCCAUGGGAAUCAAGAAGUGAAGGGAGUGAUUCUAGCUCGGAUCUGUUCGAGAUAGACAAUCUUACAGGUAAACCAAAGCCUUUUCUUACAAGGCAAGUAAGUGAUUAUGCUCCGAGCGAAGUAAGCAUAGAGUGGAGCGUAGUGACGGAAAGUGCAGCAGGUUUCUCGGUUAUGUCAGAAUGUGCAACAAGCCCUGUAAGAAGAAACCGCUCUUCUCAUAUUCCUCGGGUCCCUACCAAAAAUGCACCGCAGAUUCGGAAAACGAAUAGCGGCAGCAGAAGUGGUGGUUUCUUGUUGAGCUGCAAGGGUUAUAAGUCUGUUAUGGUGUCUGGUGAUUCAGAGAGAAGAAGUAGCAUGAACAAGAACAAGAACAAGACAUCCCCAAGUUAUGUUCCAAGAUUCCCAAUGGAGACUACUAAACCUAAGAGUUUGGAAACACGAAGAAAAUUUUCAGUAAAAUUGUAAAACUUAUGUAAUGUCUUGUCGUGUUCUUGAUCACAAAAGAAAACUCAAAAAGUGGAAUUUGGUUAGAAAGUCAAAAAAACAGCAUUUUAAUCAAGUUAAAAACACAGAUCCGGAAUGCAGCAAAAAUGAUUAGACAAUUAUAAAACAUUGGCUC